UGCAUCCUCCAUGAAGAAAUAUUGAAAAGCUUUAAGCUCCACACCUAUUGCGAAAAAUUGAUUGGAAGGGAACGAGUUUGAGCUGGGAAGGAUGGAGUCAAUAGUGAAAAAUAUCAGAGACAAUUCCGGAAAAUUAAGGAUGAAACUAGCCGAUGGGAAGAGCUUCAGUCUCGACUUAUUUCGCAAUUUUCUAAUGCAUCUGCCAUCAUCCAGAGGCUUCAGGAAAGAAUUUGGUGGGAUUGUUUCUUCCCUUGAGAAGGUGGUUCGUGAUAGCAAGCAGCUUGCGAAAGUAGGGUCUGCCCAGAUGACUGCAAAACAACUGCAGCAACAGAUUGGAGUAAAACCAACUCUUGCAGAUUGCAUAGAAGGACUUAGACUUCUUGAAGAAAUGCAUCGAUCAGAGUACCUUCUUAAAUUAUCUCUGGUAUCUGCGCUCCCCGCCCUUGCACUGAAACCCAGUGCAAGUGCUGACUUAGGGGCACUUCAACAGCUUUUGGUAGAUCAACCUAAUAUCCCCCGAAGGCGAAGGUUGAGUUUUGUUUUGGAACUGGAACUGGAACUGUGGUUUCGGUUUGAAACAGUCGACUACGGAUAUGGAAUGAAAAGGCGAAAAUCGUUGCAACAAAAUGUGCCGAAUCCAACAUUUGAUUUUAAGUCCAACUUGAUUUAG